CCUUUGGUUUGGAUCUAAGAAGCCUGACCCGGGGAAAUCACUUGACUGCUUGGCCCAGCCGCAUGACAAGCAGCUGAGACUCAUUAGCCAGACUGUGGGUUUCCGUGGACAGGCCUGUAGGAUAGACAGCUUUCAAAGGAGUCUUUAGAGAAACUUUCCUAAGCAGGCUGUUUGGCCUUUACCGGUUCUCUUUGUUGUAAUGCGAGAUUCAGUGUGACCUUGGAGACCGAGAGAUGUGAUUCUGAGUUGUCAGUUGGUGUGUUGGCGACUCCAGACCAAAGGUUUAAAAACACAACUGGGCUCCCUCCUAACUCAGGUAAAGCAGAGAGGCCUCCAUCAUGUCGGAUGGAGAUUAUGACUACCUCAUCAAGUUUUUGGCCUUGGGAGACUCUGGAGUGGGGAAGACCAGUGUACUGUACCAGUACACUGAUGGGAAGUUCAACUCCAAAUUCAUCACCACAGUGGGCAUUGAUUUCAGGGAAAAGAGAGUGGUGUACAGAGCGAAUGGACCAGAUGGAACUGUAGGCCGAGGCCAGAGAAUUCACCUGCAGUUAUGGGACACGGCGGGGCAGGAGAGGUUUCGUAGCCUGACCACGGCAUUCUUCAGGGACGCUAUGGGUUUCCUGCUUCUGUUCGACCUGACAAACGAGCAAAGUUUCCUCAAUGUCCGAAACUGGAUAAGCCAGCUACAGAUGCACGCGUACUGCGAAAACCCAGAUAUAGUGCUCUGCGGAAAUAAGAGUGACCUAGAAGACCAGAGGGCUGUGAAAGAGGAGGAAGCCAGGGAACUCGCAGAGAAGUAUGGAAUCCCCUAUUUUGAAACCAGCGCUGCCAAUGGGACAAACAUAAGCCAAGCAAUUGAGAUGCUCCUGGACCUGAUCAUGAAGCGGAUGGAGCGGUGUGUGGACAAAUCCUGGAUUCCAGAGGGGGUGGUGCGGUCCAAUGGCCAUACUUCUACAGAUCAACUCAGUGAGGAGAAGGAGAAGGGGUUAUGCGGCUGUUGAGACACCGAGUGAGCAUGGUGGCGGCAGUGGCGGCAGCAGCGCCUGGCCCCUGCCUGCCAAAUCCUCUGUAGAGACCAAGCCAGCAUCACGUGCCAAGUGCUGCUCCUUAUCCCCAGUAGAACUGACUCAACAUCCAAUUGUAACUCAUUGCAACUUCAUAUGAUUUAGUCCAUGAAUUGGGGGAACUAUUUCACAGAGCCAAAAGUGUCUUAGAGAAAAAAAAAGCCCAUGGCCGCGGGUCAUUCAGGGAUCCAAGAUUUCAGCCAUGGAAGAUUGCGUGUCAUGUAGAAUGCUGAUGGUCCCGUCGCCUGCCUUAACAGUCAACUGCCUCAACACAGCCCUAGAGUCUCACUGAAGACGUUAAGAUGUUUGGGCAAUGAAAAGCUAGCAUGGUCUAGAGAAUCCAGAGUUCAGAAUCCAUACCGUAGAAUAUCACUCUCACGUGAAUGCUAAUAAGUGUGUACCAUGGAUCAAUGUCUUUCAGCAUUACCUUAAACUUAGCCUUCCCUUUGACAUGAACGUAAACAGAUGGCGGCCAUAUCUAUAGGCUCUGAGUAGACCGGAUUGACUCACCGUGAGUUUGGGGGUGGGUGAAGUAGGGAUCAAGUUUAGUCAGAUUGUCUGGCUUUUAGCCGCGGGGUCAUGGAGACCCUCGAGUUUAUCCGUGGUUCAGCCCACAUCUGAACAUUGAAGAUGCAUCUGCUGUGUGUGCAUUUGUACGUAUGUCUGGUCUGGCACUUCAGGCUGUGCUUUCACUUGUCUGUAGACUGCGAAUUUGACUUUUCCAUCAAGCUUUGGUGGUGUUGGGGUUUCCCAGUUUGUUUUCUCCCCCAUUUGUGUAACUGAAGGAAGCUCUUGUUAAUUAUACAGCUUGUUUAUUUGCUAUCUGGAGGGAGAUCAAUGUCUGUCUUUAAGCAGUCACAUUUAUAUGCUAGUUUAGGAGAGGUGUUUUUUAGCCUGUAACUUUCACUGAGAAUUUGGGCACUUAUGUUUUUUGACAGUAUAAAGGAAACCACGUGCUUUGCAUGGUAGUUUUCGAGUGGCUUUUUUUGUUGUUGUUGUUUUUGUUUUGUUUUUUUGGGGGGACAGGGUCUUAUUAUGUAGUUUCUGGCCAGCCUGAAAGUCCCUUUGUAGACCAGGCUGGCCUCAAACUCACAGAGAUCCACCUGUUUCAGCCCCCUAAGUGUUGGGAUAAAAGGUGUGGUCAUCACACCUGGCUCUCAGAAGAUUUUUAAAAAUGGAACAUCGAUCAUUUAUUGCCAUUGUCCUUUGACCCCCUCCCCAGACAAAAUAGCCAUGGCUACUAAGCUUUUUCUGUCCCUGAAAUAAGGGACUCUUUGAAACACCAAAGUUGUCACCGAGGCCUAUGCAUCUGAAUCCUAAAGACCGGAAACUUGGGGCCCAUCACAGUCGUGCCUUCCAAUGUUGCUCUAAGACUUCAGUGGACUGUACUGCACGUCAGGGCACGUUUCUUAAUUAAUGUCUCCUUUGUAAAUACAAACGUAUUACUAUGCCAGGUGUUGGUGGCGCACUCCUUCAAUCUCCCGCAGUUGGGAGGCAGAGGCAGGCAGCGAGUUUGAAGCCAGGCUGGUCAAUAGAGUUUCAGGACAGACAGUGACACAGUGAAAUUCUGUUUCAAGAAUCAAAGCCAAUGUUUGCACAGUGCAGGUUUCUAGAAGGAGAUCCAUUGUCGGAUUCGCCUUCUGUUGGCCCCGCACCAGGCACGGAUGUUAAGAUAUGUGAUAGUUGCCCAGCGAGAGAGCGGCCUUGAAUUGUUGAAAUCAAACAAAACUGUAUUCUCUUUGAAAAUGAUUUAAAUUUGAUAUAAAAUAACUGUACUUAUUGUCACUGUAUUUUUCUAUUUACAAAUCUGUAUGAAAGCAAACGCUCUUCAGUGAACUUUGUGCCAAUUAAACCAUAAUAAUAAAUAAUAAAAGAGGUCCAGUAUAUAAA